AUGGGGUGUCCUGAUUCUCAGAGAGUAUCGCUUACUACCUUCACACUCGAGGGAGAAGCAGAGUUAUGGUGGCAGUCAGUUAAGAAGGAAGCUGGGUUGAGUAUAGUUUGGAGUUGGAGCAUGUUCAGCGACAAGUUCGACCAAAAAUAUUUUCCUGAUAGUAUUCGAGAAAAGAUGGUGUCUAAAUUUAUAUCUCUGGAGCAAGGAGCUUUAUCCGUGGCCCAGUACAAGUCCAAAUUCGUUGAGCUGUCUUGUUUCGCAUCGAAUUUGAUUUCGACCUCCAGUAUGAAAGCUCGUAAAUUUGAGAAGGGACUUUGUCCUAGCUUGAGGAAUAGAGUAGUACCUUUGCGACUCCCUACGUUUGAGGAGGUGACGGACCGAGCUAAGAUUAUAAAAGCAAAUUUUGAAGAGAUGAACAAGACUCGUGAUCAACCACUUCGUAGACAGGAUAAUAGGAACAAGAGGAAGGGAGGCCUAACCCAGAAGUUUCAUCCAUCGAAAAGGCUUGCUAGGCAAGGAUCAGCCAUUCAGGAAGCCCAGUGA